AUGGUACCACUUACCACAGCUAACAACACCGCUAGCGCAAAAAUUACCGCCCGAGAUAUGUUGGAAGAAAUACACCACCCGAAAGGCUUCGAUCGACCUCGAUCAGCGGGGAACGACAAUCAGUUGCACGUUCGAAGCUGUCCUGUCUCGCCAAUAGCAGGAGACAAUCAUAGCACUCGUGUUGAAUGUAAUGGGUAUUCGAAUCAACAACCACCUGUGAAGAUGAAUGCGAAUUCGGCGAUAUCGUCGCCUGAAAAUGGAACUGACAAAACUAUGGAAAGUGAUUUGAGCUUUACAAACCUCAGUGAUAGCCAUACAACGAGCAAUAACGACAGUACCAAAAACCACAACGGUUCGCGUCAAGCAACUCCACGCUCCAGCGCAUCCACCUCAACAAUAGCAGCGAGCACAAAGGGGCUAACAAAAUCCACAGACGUUUUGGACACACACGUUCAAACGGUCGUUUCGUCUGUGACGAAUAAAAUACCACCACCACUAGCAGCAUCAGCACAGCCAACAGUGAUCACUGGUAAUUCCGUCCCGGGUUACAGAACUGUCCAAAACCGUUUGCAAAAUGACCCGAAAAGUAUCAAACAACGUCUCUUGUCCGCACUGACCGAUAUGAUCCCACACAAAGAGACACUGUCAUUACGUCUAUUGGUUAACUACACCAUUGACGAUAAGGACACAGAGUGUCUGGUCAUUGAUGAGACACUGUGUCGUCAGAACGGAUUAUCUGAAGUGCCCAAGUCAAACGGGAAACGGGGCCCCGAUGAACGUAAUUUCUCUCUGGAUCGCGAUGAUUCUGGAUUGGGGCCUGACUUAUCCGAGACGGAAGUGAAACGUCUCAAGUGUGAACGAUUGUCAUGUGCCACGGAAACACAUGUGCUAGAUUUGUCAUUACACACGGAAAAGGAAGAUCAGGAACUGAAUGAAGCUAUGAAUAGAGAACAAGACGAUUCUUCUGAUGAGGGUAGUCGAAGUGUGGAAGCUGUGCAGAACACAUUAUUAAGCGAUACUCAACCAAGCACAUGUGGCCAAAAUAUCGUCGUUAAACUGUGUCCCUCACCCAAUUCCACACGAACUGUUACCAGCACGGAUGGCCUGGGGACGACAGCUAAUGGUCCCGCUGUUUUGUCCAAUACAUCCAAUUUACCCUUUCUUGACACCGCAGUUCUAACACUUCUCCCCUUGUUGCAACAACAGCAACAACAGCGACAGCAGCAACAACAACAGCAACAAAGACAAGACCCUCGAUUCUCGAUGCCCCCUAAACCCCCGAUAAGUAUAACAUCAGAAAACAUUACCAAAUCAAAUCCUCCAGAAACCGCAGAAAUGUUAUUGCUCAAGGAAUUACAGGCAUUAUUGAGUGCACCAAACGGUAUUCCACAAUCUAACUCACUCCAUUCGAAUCCACUCAGAAACCUGAACGAUGUUAUGGCAUCUAGUACAGUUACCACAACACCAAUCACAACAAGUAGUCAUUCCGCAACUGUAUCCAACUCAACAUUCAAUCUGGGAGGUAUGAAUGGGAUUAUUCACGGUCAAUCUGGAGCAAAUUUAAUAACCACUGCUCCUCUAACUUCACCAAUCUCUUCGACACCUCUGAUUGGAUUCCCACUGUUACAUCAGUUCAAUACAGACAGUAUGGCUGCUGUACAAGCCUUGCUGCCUACAACCACACCAAAUCUAACUUCAUUCAAUUUUAACCCAACAGCAAUAUUCAGUUUCAAAGAUAAAUCCAAUGGACUGGAAAACCCACUCGGUAUGAUACCCGGAACGAAAUCUUUUCCGCAACCAGUGGUUAGUUUGUUGAAUCAGAUAAACGUACCUCAGACCAACCCAAUCUCGUUGAAAACCACAUUAUCCACAUUGUCCCAACUCUUCUCUGGAUCCGCACCGGAAGCUCCUACAUCCGUCGCCAAUGUGCUUGAUUCCAGCGGAUCGGAUUCCAAACGAUUCAGUUUGGAUACACUCACUGCUUCAUUGACCACACCAACCGAAAACAAAUUGUCCGGGCUUGCGGGGACAAGCCCCAGCGUGAUAGAUGCACUGGGUAAACAGAUUCUGUUGAAACCCAUGGAUCCACCGAUCCCAAAUCAGACGAACCGUUCGAACCAGGAACCAGAGACGAACAAAUCCCGUUCAAACACGCUUCUGAUCAACACCGUAGGAACCGGUGUUGGCAGUGGUGGCGGUGGUGGUGGUGGUGGAGGCGGCGGCGGCGGAAAGAAUCCAUCACAGGAAACAAAACCAAGCACAGUAACCCCAACCACCAAAACAACACUCAUACACACCAGCUCAAAUGAGAGUACGACAGAUCAGUUGAAAACCAGUCGAGGAACCAGUGGCCAGUCAACAACACAACCUACCUCAAACGGUAACUAUACCAAUAACCAGUUCAUGUUUGGUCGUCGACUAACCAAUACACGACGGUUUAUAUGUAACCAGUGCCGUAACAAUUUCGCCUCACUUGCCGAACUGAAUCGACACACUCUAGAAGCACACAACUCGUUCAAAUGUACCAUCUGUUCGGCUCAUUUCACUCAACGAUCCAAUUUGCAACGGCACUCGUUAAAACACGUGGGAUUCAAACCGUUCACAUGUAAUUUGUGUAAAAAAGAAUACUAUCGAAAAGAUCACCUGGUUCGACAUAUUGAGGUCACACAUCCGAACCACGAUCCGAAAAUGAAUAUCACCGUACACCUGACCUCAUCCGAGUGUCUAGACUACUUGGAUCGAUUGCACGCGGGCAAACAAACUCCAUCCUCAAACGAAUCGACCGAUUUUCGUGAAACAACCGAGGAGGAUCCGGAAGAAUUAAUCGAAUUGGAGGAAAUGCGUAUAGAAGAUUCGGCCGUGACUGGGAUGGAAUUGACCGAAGCGGACGAACCCGAAGCGCUUGAUGAAGGUCAUGUGUCAGUGCUGGAAACCCAAUAA